AUGUCUGACGCCGGUCGCAAGGAUUUCUCUACCAAGGCCAAGGAGGAGGCCACCCCCGACUCCAUGAAGUCCACCCAGGACAAGGUCAAGGAGACUGUCACCGACACGACUGACCGUGUCACUCGCGGUGCCCAGGGUGAUGACAGCAAGAGCGCUCCCCAGGAGGCCUUUGACAAGACCCAGCGUGCCCACGAUAACGAGGCCCACGGCGGUGCCACCAACUCGGUUGGUGACAAGGUCAAGAAUGCCCUCGGCAUGAACAACUAA